AUGGAUUCUGCUAAUAAUUAAGAAAAACCUAUAAAAUAUUUAAAGUAUACUUAUACAGGAAAUGAGUUCAGAAAAAAAGAGGUUAAACAUUUUUAUUUUGUACUUAUUUAAGAGAAAUAAUAAUUUAUAUAAAUUAUAGUUCAGAUUAAAACUUUGGUUAUCAGUGUUGAAGUUGGUGCCUUUAAAGUAGAGACUGAUCUCAUCAAAUUGUAAUAAGCCUAUAGAAGGCUCAUAAUGAAGAAGCUAUUAAAUCAUUCUGGAACUCCUGAUGUCAUUGCUAAAUCAAAUAUUGUUGCUAGAGGCAUUCCUUAUUAAUUGGAUCAAAAAGCGAAUUGCGUUAUGUUUAAUUCAGUUUUAAGUUAAUCUCAAAAAUAAAAGGACAUACAAUGAG